GCCUCGCCCCGCGCCCUGGCGCGCGCGCGGCCGUUGGCUCUGAGGGCUCCGGGGGCUCUGAGGGCUCUGACCGCUUCGAGGGUUCUCGGGGCUUUGGGGACUCUGAGGGCUCCGGGGGCUCCGAGGGUUCUGAGGGCUUCGAGGGUUCUCGGGGUUCUGAGGGCUUUGGGGACUCUGAGGGCUCCGGGGUCUCCGAGAGUUCUCGGGGUUCUGAGGGCUCUUUAGGGCGCCGGGGGCGGGCGGGGCCUCGCCGGGGCCUCGCCCUCCCGCCCCUGUUCUGGCCGGCCUGUCUCUGCCCCUCCCUCUCUCUCUCUCUCGGGGUAGCUUUGCACCGUUUGUAAUGCGGUUUAUUUAAAUGCAUGGGUUUUAUAUCUGUCGUGACAAAGCACAAGCUGGUCUGGUCGCGUUGUGAAGUGGUAGAACAUUGGGGUUUCCCCCUUUUAUGUGUAAACCUGGAUAUCCAACGUGAGGGAAUAGACAAGCUAAAAAAAUCUAUGAUCUUUUCAGGUUUCAUGUUUUACUAAUUAACUGUUUUGCCUGUCUUUGUUGAUGUCUCAUUGUGUUGAUUAAUUAAUUAAUCUGUUUUAAUUAACUGAACAAAGGUAAAGGCUGAAGCAAUUCUUUCAACUUCAGACACAGAAAUCCUCGUAAGACAAUAAACUCAACUUUGAAAAGUGACAAAAAGAUCAUUUAUUUAUUUGGACAUUCCACUUGACGGUGUACAGAUUCAUUUUGAGGAUGGAUAAAGACACAACUGCUAAAUCGUCAUCUGCUGUGUUAACCCCAAAUGCUGCUAAAGGAUGGAUGAAGAAGAGGGAUGGACCCUUACAAGCUGCAAAAUGGAAUGCUUCUUUAGCUUCUAAAAUCAAAACUAAAUUAAUGAAUAACUCAUCUAUGUUUAAAGUAUCUUUGCAACAAAACAACAAAGCAUUAGCUUUGGCUUUGAGUGUUGAAAAAGAAAAUUCUCGCAAGCUAAAGAAUGAGAAGAUUUUUCUUCAGAAGGAAGUAGAAAAACUCCAGCUUCAUAAUAUCUCACUUCGUCAAAAACUAACCUGUUUGAAUAAAACUCUUAAAGGAAUAGAUGCAUUUUUGAAUGAAAACCUCUUAACUGCAAUAGAAAUAAGCAGUCUAUCUGAGGAUCUCCAGAGUUCCUUUCCCCUGUCAGCUGGCCCAAGCAGCCCUACUGGUCACAAGCUCAGGAGUGCACGUUGGUCAGCUCGAUCUGUAGAAUUGCCAGCAAAGCUUCCUUUCAUUGCAACAGCUAAUGCAGAGCAGCAAGAACAUCAACUGUGUGCAGAAUUAAGUUGCAAUAGUGUCUCUCCGACUCAUGGAAGAAAUACACAAUCCUUAGAACAGUCUGAGGAGCCUACAGAACAAUAUCAUGGUAGUUCAUUGCCAUCUUAUGAAAAUGUGACUGAAAGAAAGAAAAAUGCAGUAAUUUGCAAGUCAAAAACUCAACCUAAUAUAAAGGAUUUUGAUAAAAAAUGUAGGUCAUUGAAUCUGCCCAGUCAUGAUAUUAACAGUAGCAGCAACGCCAAUGAUAGAAAUUUGCAGGAAGGUUCAAGUGACUUGUCUCGGAUUAUUCCUUCACCUCUUAAAUUUAACAGUGAAAGUAAAACAGAUUUUAACAAGCAGCUUUCUACUGACAAGAUGAAGCCUGAAGAAACUGUUUAUGAUGCUGAUAUGGAGUUGACUGCCAGUGAUGCAAGUGAACUACUCACAGUUACAGCAAAAGGCAAUUAUAAAUUGCAUCGAAAUAAAAUUAAUAAUGCCAAUUCUGACAAAAUAUUACCAAAUUUCAGAAAAGUAAAAUAUUCUAAGAAGGAUAAAGAAAAAACUAAAAGCAAGUCUGAAGUCCAUUCAAGUCUGCAUGCAGAAGAAAGGCACUCUAGGGCUGACAGUAGUGAAAUUUCAGAAACUACUGAUUCACAAACUCAGCUAUUCCAAAGUCAGACAGAGCAGCUACCUACAGGAAAUUCUGUAGAGCAACAGAGUAGAACAAGUAAAGCUAAGGAUGCCAGGAGGACAUACCAGGUUAAUGUAAUGAGUCCAAGAAAACAAGAGACAAAUAAAGGAACUUCCUCAGAAGUAUUUGAAGAAGUGGACAGCAGAGUACAAAAAACAGCAGACGCGAGCUCAUCUGUUAACAAGAUCCCACCAGAAGUUUAUUGUGCUGAAAAUUUACCAUUCCAAGAUAACAUUUCUGAUGUAUUGCCUUCUUUACAGGAAGGCUUUGUGAGUACAAAUGAGAAAGAUAACAAACCAACAGUAAAGAGGAAAACUUCUCAAAAUCUUUCCAAAGCAAACACAGCAAAAUCUUGUAGAGAGGAAAAUGGCCAGUUUGGAGAAUAUAUUUCAAAAAAAUCCCAAACAGAGAUAAACCAGUGUGACAGCAGCAAGAGAAAACAAGACCAGAAGAAUAUUACACAGAGAAAAUACAACAAAAAAAGUAGUUACACACAAGGUGGAGAAACUGAAAAGGACAGCCCUCAUAAAGUUAGUCAGAAGGCAGACCAAAAGAGCAGCCAUUUUUCACCAGGCAGAUUGAAGCGUACAUUGGCAAAGGCCGGCAGGAAAGCGUGUGUAAUAUCAAAGGACAAUCUUACACGGUUCUCAGUUUGUAAAAAUGAAGAACAAAAAAGUAAGGAUUCUUUGCUUGCAGAGGCUGGAAAGAAAGUAACUAUAACUCAGCAAAUGCAAGUAGCUUUAGUUACUCAGAAUGGUGCAGCUCUGAAUACACCAGAAGCUAAAGAACAGGUUGAUGAUGAUGGUAACAGGUUAAAGAAAGUAGGUUCCUCAGCUGUGGCCAAAAAAACCACCUCCCACAUAAGUAAUUUUCCUGAUAAGCAUGUAAGGCAGAAACAGAGAUUUAGUUCUGAUAUUACUGAGAUCAGACAAGAGAAAAGCUAUUUCAGGCAUGUUGAUCAGGGGGAUCAGAAUAUUUUGGAUGACCAGGAAGUCCCUCAUGAAAUGAAUUCUUUUGGGAGUAAGUUGAGGCCUGUGAUUGAAUCUGAAUGCUGUAAGAAUAUGCUACAUAAGGCAGAAAGCUUUUCCCAGGAAGGCCUUUUCAAUGUGGAGCUCCUAGUUCUUGAUGAUCACAAUGCUUCCAUCAACUUCUCUAUACUGAAAAGCUCUGAAAUCCAUGGACAAGAUGAUCAUAAUGAAGCACUGGAUGCUGAAAAAGAACAAAAUAUGGAACAUAUUUCUAAACAGAGUAACAAAAAUACUCUAACACCUUGUCAUGGGAGGAAAGCUUUCCAAGAUCUGACAAAUACUAGUAUACAGUUUCACACUUCUGUACCUAAAUCCCCCCAAACUUCAGAAGACUCAGCAGCACCACUGAGACGAAGCAGAUCCACUAUUUCCUACAAGGAGCCCAAACUAAACAGCAAAUUAAGGCGAGGAGAUCGAUUUACAGAUACACAAUUCCUGAGUUCCCCAAUCUACAAAGUAAAAAAUAAAGGAAAUUUUAAAAGCAAAUCAAAAUUUUAUUGAAGAAUAGAGAAUUGCCAUUAUGGACAGUACUUCUAAAAUGGGUACAAUUGUUUAUGUAUAUAUGUAAAUGUUUAGCAAUAUAGGCUGUUUGUUGUUCUUUGAUUAGAAAUUUUCUGAAGAAGAACCUCUAUAAAAGGGGCACAGAAUACUUUACUGAGGAAGGCAUAUACAGGUCAGACUCGCUCAUGUUUUGGAUUUCUAGUCAAUAAUUUAUAAUCUGUUCAAAUGGUUUGUUUAAAUUGUUAGAAAAAAAUACGUUUUAAUGAGAAAUAAAAAUAAACCAGCUUUGGG